GCAGCCGUCCAUCCACGUGCUAUUCGGUAGGAUACCAAGAUCACGCUUGGGACUUACUACCCCUGAAUUGAAAAGGGGCAAUCCACAAUCACAACCUCGUAAUCAAUUGACCCAACCCCCAGUCAACGGUUAUGUCAUGGAGCAGAGUACCAACCCCCCACGAUUUAUCCGUCAAUCAAACGGCGCUCCUUCAACUGGUGUUUCCCCAGUUCACCCCACUGUUCCCCUCACAAACCCGAGCUAUCCCCAAGCUGCCCCGCGUUCCUGGAUCAGAGCUGUAUUAUGAUGAGUUUCUGAAUAUGCUUACUUGGCUUUCUUCUAACUUUUCAAGAAUACGCUCUUUUAGACCUUACAUCCUAGCCACCAUCUCACAGCCUCGUACACAGCUCAAAACCGCACACUCAAAGAGCCGGAUAUAGGAUACAAUCUACACCCCCCCAAGAUGGCCCCCAAAGAAAUAACCAUAACCUCCUUCUCAACCCGCGAUGUCCGCUUCCCCACCUCCCUAGACAAAACCGGCUCCGACGCCAUGAACGCGGCAGGAGACUACUCAGCCGCCUACUGCAUCCUCGAGACCGACUCCGACCUCACCGGCCAUGGCAUGACCUUCACCAUCGGCCGCGGAAACGACCUCGUCUGCGCCGCCAUCUCCUACCUCGCCCCCCGCAUCCUCCAUACCCCCCUCUCCUCCCUCGUCGGCACAAACUUUGGCGCCACCUGGCGGCACCUAGUCAACGACUCCCAGCUCCGCUGGAUAGGCCCAGAAAAAGGAGUCAUCCACCUCGCCCUAGGCGCGGUAGUCAACGCGUUGUGGGAUCUAUGGGCCAAAACCCUCAACAAACCCGUCUGGAGGGUAGUAGCAGACAUGACCCCAGAAGAAUUCGUCGCCUGCAUCGACUUCCGUUACAUCAUCGACGCCAUCACCCCAGAGGAAGCCCUCUCCCUUCUGCAGUCAAUGCAAGAGGGUAAGCCCGAACGAAUCGCCCAGGCGGAAAGAAACGAAGCUGUACCCGCGUACACCACCUCCGCGGGCUGGCUUGGUUACGACGAAUCCAAAAUGAGGAGAUUGCUCCAGGAAACAGUCGCACAGGGGUACAGGCACUUCAAGCUCAAAGUAGGCGGGUCACUACAGGAAGACAUCAAACGGUUGACCAUCGCCCGUCAAGUCCUCGACUCAUCUCCCACCCCGGGAGAGAAAAUCCUCAUGGUGGACGCCAACCAGAUCUGGAGCGUGCCCGAGGCGAUCGAGUACAUGAAAUCCCUUGCGGAUUUCAAACCUUGGUUUAUUGAAGAGCCGACUUCUCCUGAUGAUGUCCUGGGGCAUCUGGCUAUAAGAACUGCGCUGAAACCCUACGGCAUCAAGGUCGCCACGGGGGAGAUGUGCCAGAACAGGGUCAUGUUCAAGCAGUUCCUCAUGUCGGGCGCCAUAGACGUUUGCCAGAUUGACGCCUGUCGGCUGGGUGGUGUCAAUGAGGUUCUUGCGGUGAUGCUGAUGGCGAAGAAGUUUGGGGUUCCAAUCGUGCCGCAUAGUGGUGGGGUCGGGUUGCCGGAGUAUACGCAGCACUUGUCGACGAUUGACUAUGUGGUGGUGAGCGGGCAGAAGUCGGUGUUGGAGUAUGUGGAUCAUUUGCAUGAGCAUUUUGUCUGGCCGAGUGUCAUUGAAAAGGGGUAUUAUGUCACGCCUACGCAGCCGGGGUAUUCGGUUCAGAUGCGGGGGGAGAGUAUGGAGCGGUUUGGGGGGAUUUUGGAGGGGGAGAAGAUUUGACGGUGAGGUUUUGUCGUCAAGAGGGAUCAAGGGUGGGAUUUGUGGUGUGGUUGAAAUAAAAGAAAAAGAAGGUGAGGAAAUAAAUGCCCCUGAAGGAGCGUAGAUGAGAGAGAGGCAGGAAAAAAUGCAAAAGAGAAGUUGAGUUGCAUCAGCCGUGAAUCGAACACGGGGCCCAUCGAUGGCAACGAUGGAUUUUACCACUAAACCACUGAUGCUGUUACUUGAUUUGUUGCAGAGAUUGCUCGGAAGGUGGGUUCAUGUGUGGAGGUAUGCGGAACACACCCUACUCGCACCAAGA